AUGUACUUUCACAUCCCCAGGCGCUCAUACAUACUUAUCUUAGAAAUUCCAGGGUUUUUUGUGAGAAUGAGGAGUCGAGGAGUCGCAAAAGCUGCGUGCUUUCUGAGCACUUCUGCACUUUUGAUGUACGCGGUGUUUUAUUUUACCAUCUUCCUCAGAAAUCCGUCUCCAAACCUCCUUCCAGAGCUGAGGCUGGACAGAGCAGCUGAACACACCAUCCUGGACAAACUGGAAGCAAUAGAGCGUCAGAUUAAUCAAAUAGCUAAGGAGCUGAGGAGUCAGAAAGUCUCACAAUCUGGCGAAGAUCGGCCGGCAGUGGAGAAGAAGAAGCAAGUGGUCAACAAGUUGUUCCCAAACUCAGAGCUGUUCAUCAAGUGGGGUGAUGAGCUGUCCGAGGAGGAGCAGAAGCAAGCUGAGCGCUUAUUUCAGCUUUACGGCUACAACGUGUUUCUCAGUGACAGACUCCCUCUGAACAGGACACUACCUGACACCCGAGACUCCAGGUGUGCUACGAAGGUGUACCCAGAGCAGCUCCCGUCACUCAGUGUGGUUCUGAUCUACCUGAACGAGGCUCUGUCGAUCUUAAAGAGAGCCAUACACAGCAUUAUCCACAGAACGCCUGCUCAUCUGCUCAAGGAGAUCAUACUGGUGGACGAUCACAGCACUAAUGAUGAUCUGAAGGAAAAACUUGGUGAAUUUAUUGACCAAGUUCAUCAACAGCGGCCUGGCUUACUCAAGAAAGUGAGUCACAAACAGCGACUGGGUCUGACACAAGCUCGUAUUUCAGGAUGGAAAGCAGCUAUCGGCGAUGUAGUGGCCAUCUUGGAUGCCCACAUUGAGGUGCAUAAGCAAUGGGCAGAACCACUGCUGGCCAGAAUCAAAGCAGACAGGACAGUGGUGCUGUCUCCAGUGUUUGACCGGGUGGAGUUCGACACACUUGAAGUGAGUUCGUACUCUGCAAACGCCCAUGCCUUUGACUGGCAGCUGUGGUGCAUGUACGAGUCCUUCAGGCCAGACUGGUAUGAAUUUAAGGACUCGUCCAAACCUGGGAAGAGCCCUUCUGUCAUGGGAAUCCUCGUGGCUGAUCGAUACUUCUUGGAAGAAAUUGGAGGUUUGGACAAAGGAAUGGAAAUUUAUGGAGGCGAGAAUGUUGAGCUCGGAAUACGAGUUUGGCUGUGUGGAGGAAGCAUUGAAAUCAUCCCUUGCUCAAAGAUUGCUCACAUAGAGAGAGCACAUAAGCCCUACGCACCAGACCUAGGCGAGCCCAUGAGAAGAAACGCGCUAAGGGUGGCUGAAAUCUGGAUGGAUGAAUAUAAGAGAAACGUUUUUAUAAGCUGGAAUCUCCCUCUGAAGGAUCAUGGAAUUGAUAUCGGAGACGUGACUGAAAGAAAGAAGCUGAGAAACCAACUUAAAUGUAAGCCCUUUAGCUGGUACCUGAAGAACGUGUAUCCUGAGUUAGAAACCUGGGAUGAUCUACUUGGCUACGGCGCAAUACAGUCUAGCCUCUUAGAAAAUCACUGCAUUGACCAGGGUCCUGUUCCUGGCAGUGUCCCUGUCCUUUACCAGUGUCAUUUCUUUAGCCCUCAGCUCUGUUACUAUAAGAGUAAUGGGGAGCUCUACAUCGGAGGCAUCAAAUCUCACACCUACAAUAAUAACCGCUGCCUGGUGGAUCCUGGUGAGGGAAACACACCUGCACUUCAUGACUGUAAAAUGGCCAAGAAGAAAGGAUUCCAUAUGCACUGGGACUUUAAACAGGGUAGUGCAAUAAGAAACAAAGACACGCACAGAUGUCUUGAGAUUGCCCAAGGAGAGUAUUCAUGGUACCAACUUGUCAUUCAGGCCUGCAGUGGGCAAAACUGGAGAAUACAACACAUCAUUAAAGAAUUUUAACUACCUCAUGACAGCCAUAUUCAUCAAAUGAUAACCAAAGGAAAUGACAUGGAAUGUUGGCCAUCACUGAGACUUCACUGGCCAUCAUGGUUGACUUCCACAUGUGAAGCAAGGGCACGUUCAGAUAGAACUAUGGAAAUGGAAAGGCAAACAUAAAAGUCCGAACAUUGUUGUUAGGCAACUGGCACAUGUAUAUGCCUAACAAACUAGCUGAUGACUGAGGUUAAUGAUUUAGGUAGAUACUAUGUAGGUGUUAAGCCUUUUUUUUUUUUUUUUUUUUUAAAAGAAGAUGUAAACACAGAGUGACUGUGGAGACCAGUCAGGAAUAUCAACACUUUCCUCAGUUGUGUUGUUAAAUUACAAAGAAAAGACUCUGUACAACAAAAUUACACUGUACUACACUUAACAUCAACCACAAACCGAACUUUCAAGGGCUCAGCUUUAUGGAGAAACAUGAAAAAGGCAUCACAACUGGUGAACUCAACGCAGUCAGAAAACUGUGACGUCCAAAAGUGAAUACGACAAGAGAGGGCCGCUCACGUGGAACGUCCGUAUAAACAUGGUGAACACAUGACUCUUUCUGAACUGAGCAUAAUACCAUUACCUGAUCUGGUUACUUUUUCUGUUUACAGUUGUGGCAUUAUUUUUGCAUUUAUUUAAAUCCUUUUCCUGCAUUAAGUUAUUUGUAUGUUUGAAUUAUAUACAGUACACUGGAGAAAUGCGUUUGAGUACAUCUGAUCCCACAGCAUCACCUGCUGUUCCAGGAGGAUUCAGUUUUCCAGAGAUCCCUGACCCAGCAGCUUCACUUGACGUUGCAGGAGGAUUCAUCUUCACAAAAGAAAGGUCUUCCUGUAAAAAGAGAAUUGGAAGACAUGUCUGCUAAAAUCCCAGAACUGACUCUUUCUGUUACAUUACCCACUUCUAGUCUAAUAACGACUACUUAUCACUCUCGUUUUGCCAAGAAGGUCCUGUAAUCACAUUGGUUAAUUCAUAAUGCUGGUUAACAUUAGACAAUUUAACAUCCAAGCUGAAAAAGUGAAGUCUGUUUACCUAUUAAUAUUUGCAGCAUAUAUAGAAUGAAUCUUUAAAUUCAAUGUUAAGUAGUCACCCAAUUUAAACAAACCCUUAAACACGUACACAAGGGACCAUAUAUGGGGUAAAACUAAAAAUAAAAACUAAAAAUUCUGUAAUUGGUUAAAUUAUUUCAGAUCAUUAUCACUGACAGUCUUUCUGACUGUAAAUAAAUAUGAAUAAAUUGCAUUAUAAAAGUAAUUUGAUUCCCAAAAGGGUCUUACACAAAAAAAAAAGACAGCAAGUUAAAAUAACUUGACUAUAGUCAAAUGUAUCUAAUAUAUCCUAUUAUAAGAUUAUGAUAAACCAAAUAUAUGAUUAUUAAACAUUUUACUAGACAUUGUAACAGUCUUGUUCUACUGGAAGAUAAUUUUUGUUCUAAUUUUAAGCAUUUACUUCUAGAAAGAAGCAAAAUGAUCUGUCAAUGGAAUUUUAAGCUCAAAAUGAGAAAAAUCAUCUAAAACCAGGCUGAAUAAUCUUGUAUUUGAUUUAUAAUAAUCCCAUAAUAAAAAAAAUAUUACAUGAUUAUAUGUACUCUGUAAUAUUAUAUACAGUCAGGUCUGGAAGUAUUUGGACAAUGACAGAGUUUUUGUGAUUUUGCCUUUAUACACCACAACAAUGGAUUUGAAAUAAAACAAUCAAGAUGUGAUCGAAGUGUAGACUUUCAGCUUUAUUUUAAGAGGUUCCACAAAAAUAUGGCAUUUACCAUUUAGGAAUUACAGCCAUUUUCAACAAAGUACCUCCAUUUUCAGGGGCUCAAAGGUAUUUAGACAAAGUGACAUAAUUGUAAAUAUAACCAUAAUUUUAAUACUUGGAUGAAAAUCCUUUGCAGUCAAUGACUGCCUGAAGUCUGGAGCCCACGUUCUCAAAACUCAAAUUCUGAGUUUCCUCCCUGGAGAUGCUUUGCCAGGCCUUCACUGCAGCCACCUUCAGUUUCUGCUUGUUUGUGGGUCUUUCUGUCUUCAGUCUUGUCUUCAGUAAGUGAAAAGCAUGCUCUAUUGGGUUAAGAUCACGCGACUGACUUGGCCAUUGAAGAAUAUUCCAUUUCUUUGCCUUCAAAAAGUCUUGAGUUGCUUUCGCAGUAUGUUUAGGGUCAUUAUCCACCUGCACUGUGAAGCGGCGUCCUAUCGGUUUUGUAGCAUUUGGCUGAAUGUGAGCAGAGAGUAUAGCCCUAUACACCUCAGAAUUCAUCUUGCUACUUCUGUCAGCAGUCACAUCAUCAAUAAACACCAGUGAGCCCAUUCCAUUGGCAGCCAAACAUGCCCAUGCCAUAACACUGCCUCCACCAUGUUUGACACAUGAUGUGGUAUACUUUGAAUCAUGAGCUGUUCCUUUCUUUCGCCAUGCUUCUCUCUUCCCAUCAUUCUGGUAUGAGUUAAUCUUGGUUUCAUCAGUCCAAAGAAUCUUAUUCCAGAACAUGGGAGGCUUUUUUAGAUGUUUUCUGGCAAAGUCUAAUCUGGCUUUCCUGGUCUUGAAUGUUACCAGUGGUUUGCACCUUGUUGUAAACCCUCUGUAUUUACAUUCAUGAAGGCGUCUCUUGAUUGUAGAUUUUGACAAUGAUACGCCUACCUUCUCCAGAGUAUUCUUGACUUCUGGUGAUGUUGUGAAGGGGUUUUUCUUCACCAAAGAAAGGAUUCUGCGAUCAUCCACUUUAGUUGUCUUCCGUGGUCUUCCAGGACUUUCGAUGUUGUUGAGCUCACCAGUGCUUUCUUUCUUUUUAAGAAUGUACCCAACUGUUGAUUUGGCCACACCUAAGGUUUUUGCUAUCUCUCUUAUAGAUUUAUGUUGUUUUUUCAGCCUAAUGAUGGCCUCCUUCACUUGCAUUGAGAUCUCCUUGGACUUCAUAUUGGUAGCUCCAGUCGAACAACUGCCAAAAGCCAACUCAAUACCUGAUAUCAACUCCAAACCUUUUUUCUGCUUCAUUUGUCUUGAAGUAACGAGGGAAUGGA